AUGGCAGAAGCUAAGACUCACUGGCUUGGAGCAGCCCUGUUUCUCAUUCCUUUAAUUUUCCUCCUCUCUGAGGCUGAAGCAGCUUCAUUUCAGAGAAACCAGCUGCUUCAGAAGGAACCAGAUAUCAGAUUGGAAAAUGUCCAAAGGUUUCCUAGUCCUGAAAUGAUCAGGGCUUUGGAGUACAUAGAAAAGCUCCGACAACAAGCUCACAAAGAAGAAAGCAGCCUAGACUACAAUCCCUACCAAGGUGUCUCUGUUCCCCUUCAGCAAAAAGAAAAUGGUGACUUGCCAGAAAGUUCAAGGGAUUCCCUGAGUGAAGAUGAGUGGAUGAAGAUAAUACUUGAAGCUUUGAGACAGGCUGAAAAUGAGCCUCAGUCUGCGGCAAAAGAAAACAAGCCCUAUACCUUGAAUUCAGAAAAGAACUUUCCAAUGGACAUGCCUGAUGAUUAUGAGACUCAACAGUGGCCUGAGAGAAAGCUCAAGCACAUGAGAUUCCCUCCUAUAUAUGAAGAGAAUUCCAGGGACAACCCCUUUAAACGCACAAAUGAAAUAGUAGAGGAACAAUAUACUCCUCAAAGCCUUGCUACAUUGGAAUCUGUCUUCCAAGAGCUGGGGAAACUGACGGGACCAAACAACCAGAAACGUGAGAGGGUUGAUGAGGAGCAGAAGCUUUACACAGAUGAUGAAGACGAUAUCUACAAGGCUAAUAACAUUGCCUAUGAAGACGUGGUUGGGGGAGAAGAUUGGAACCCAGUAGAGGAAAAAAUAGAGAGUCAAACCCAGGAAGAGGUAAGAGACAGCAAAGAGAAUAUAGGAAAAAAUGAACAAAUCAAUGAUGAAAUGAAACGUUCAGGGCAGCUGGGCCUCCAGGAUGAAGAUUUCCAGAAAGAGAGUAAAGACCAGCUCUCAGAUGAUGUCUCCAAAGUAAUUGCCUAUCUGAAAAGGUUAGUGAAUGCUGCGGGAAGUGGGAGGUCACAGAAUGGGCAAAACGGGGAAAGAGCGACCAGGCUUUUUGAGAAACCACUUGAUUCUCAAUCUAUUUAUCAGCUGAUUGAAAUCUCAAGGAAUUUACAAAUACCCCCUGAAGACUUAAUUGACAUGCUCAAAACUGGAGAGAAGCCAAAUGUAUCAGUGGAACCAGAGCAGGAGCUUGAAAUUCCCCUUGACCCUGAAGAUAUCUCAGAGGUUGACUUAGAUCAUCCAGAUCUGUUCCAAAAUAAGAUGCUCUCCAAGAAUGGCUACCCCAAAACACCUGGUCGUGCUGUGACAGAGGCUCUACCAGAUGGGCUCAGUGUUGAGGACAUUUUAAAUCUUUUAGGGAUGGAAAAUGCAGCAAAUCAAAAGCCUCCAUAUUUUCCCAAUCAGUAUAACCGAGAGAAGGUUCUCUCAAGACUCCCCUAUGGUGCUGGAAGGUCUAAAGCAAACCAACUUCCCAAAGCUGUCUGGAUGCCAGAUGUUGAAAACAGACAAAUGGCCUAUGAAAACCUGAAUGACAAGGACCAAGAAUUAGGAGAGUACUUGGCCAAGAUGCUAGUUAAAUACCCUGAGAUCAUGAAUUCAAACCAAUUGAAGCGAGUUCCUAGUCAAGGCUCAUCUGAAGAUAAUCUACAGGAAGAGAACCAAAUCGAGCAGGCCCUCAGAGAGCGUUUGAAUCAAUACAGCUCUCAGGAGACUGACAAACUGGCCUCGGUAAGCAAAAGGCUCCCUGUGGAGUCCCCGAAGAGUGACGAUACCCCCAACAGACAGUAUUUGGAUGAAGAUCUGUUAAUGAAAGUGCUGGAAUACCUCAACCAAGAAAAAGCAGAAAAGGGAAGGGAGCAUAUUGCUAAGAGAGCAAUGGAAAAUAUGUAA